AUGGCCUCGCCGCCGUCGCCGUCGGCACCCCCUUUCCCCCCCAACGGGGUGACGCUCGCCAACCUGCAGAAUGGCCAGGCGCUCGACGCCUUCUACCUUCUCGUGUGCGGCGUCUUCGUCUUCUUCAUGCAGUGCGGGUUCGCGCUGCUCGAGGCAGGCACCGUGCGAAGCAAGAACACCAAGAACAUCCUGCUCAAGAACCUGCUGGACGCCUGCAUCGGUGCCAUCAUCUGGUGGGCCUGGGGCUUUGGCGUCGCCUACGGCGACUCGGGCAACAGCGACGGGAACACAUUCAUCGGAACGGCCCCUAACAACGGUGGGCCCUUCCUGGCGCGGCGGCCCCUGAUCGCGACCCCUCGCGCAAGGUAUGUCUUCGCGGCCACCGCUGCCACCAUCGUCUCCGGUGCCGUCGCCGAGCGCUGCGCCCUCGAGGCAUACCUCAUCUACACCACCGUGCUCACCGGCUUCAUCUACCCCGUCGUCGUUCACUGGGUCUGGUGCAACAACGGCUUCCUCUCGGGCGCCUUCACCGAGGACAAGGACAAGACGAUCCUCGGCGGCUGCAUCGACUUUGCGGGCUCGGGCGUGGUGCACUUGACGGGUGGUGUGGCGGCGCUCUGCGGCGCCAUCGCUAUUGGCCCUCGCUUGGGCCGAUUCGACGCCGACGGCAAGGUGGUGCCGAUGCCCGGCCAUUCAGCCCCCUUCCAGGUUCUCGGCACCUUCAUUCUCUGGAUGGGCUGGUACGGCUUCAACCCGGGCUCCACCCUCGGCAUCACCCCCGCCGGGUACGGCACCAUCAUGGCGCGCGCCGCCAUGUGCACCACCCUCUCCGCCGCCGUGGGCGGCAUCACCGUCGUCUUCUUCGACCGCAUCUUCUCCCAGACAUACGACGUGGCCAUGGUCUGCAACGGCAUCCUCGCCGGCCUCGUCUCCAUCACUGCAGGCUGCGCCUGCAUGCUCCCUUGGGCCGCCUUCCUCACCGGCUUCAUCGGAGCAUUCGUCUACUACGGCGCCUCUAAGCUCCUCCUCAAGCUGCAGAUCGACGACCCGCUCGACGCCUUUGCGGUGCACGGCGCCUGCGGCUUCUGGGGCGUGCUGGCCGUUGGCUGGUUUGGGCAUUACGACUACCUAUCUUUCGGCUGGGACGGCAAGAACGGGGACGUGGCCGGCAAGGCGCACUAUGGCAUCAUCUACGGCGGCGGCAUGCUCUUCUCCGCGCAGCUCGUCGCGCUCAUCAUCGAGGUUGCCUGGGUGGGCGGCCUGACGGCGCUUCUCUUCUUCGCCCUCAAGAAGACCGGGCUGCUUCGCGUCUCGCGCGAGAUCGAGGAGGUGGGCAUGGACUCCAGCAAGCACGGCGGCUCCGCGUACCACAACUGA